UGUAAACAGUGAUAUUUCAUAACCAAACUAAACGUAAUUUUGAUGUGAAAAAUGAAAGAAUUUAAAUACGAUGUAGUUACUCUUAUUCAAAGUGUACGAGAUCGUCCCUGUUUAUGGGAUAAAGCUUUAGAAAGCUACAAAGAUCGUGUCGAGAGAAAAGCGGCGUGGGAGGAAAUUUAUAACAUACUCGACGAUAGAUACGAGGAAAUGACGCCUGCAGAAAAAAGGUUAACGGAGGAACACGUCGUCAACAAAUGGACGAACGUUCGAGAUACAUUUGUCAAAACAUUGAAGACGAAAAUGGGAAGACCGAAACGCAAAUACGUCUUUCACGAACAUUUGAAGUUCCUUACGAAAGGAGCGCCCGAAGAAACAGCUGAAUACAGUGAAUUUAGAUCUGGCUUAAUGAAACAAGAAGACGAAUCGAUUUUAGACAGCAGUAGCCAGUGUUACGACAAAAGCGACUCUAUUUACACGCCAAAGAAGAAAAGAAAACGCGAGUCCGAUAGUUAUUCGAUUGAAGAAUACAAUUACAAGAGGGAAUCUAAAAGCAAAGAAGAUAAGCAGAGUCAUGAUGAAACUAAUGACAUAGAUUUCGUUGAGGUGGACACGAACGAUCCAAGAGUGAUGAAUGAAGAUGAGGCCUUUUUUGCUUCACUCCUGCCGAGCGUUGUGAGGUAUGAUGAAGACGAACGCUUGGAAUUCCGUAUAGAAGUGUUGGCUGUGAUGAAAAAGAUCAAGGAGAAGAGAAAAUGGACGAGAAUCGACUAAGUUGUUAAGCGGGAUUGGAUGAUCUGGAGAGUUAAUCUAUGUACGGGCCGCGUGAGCGAACACUACACUUGCAUUUACACGAAACGUAUGCAAGUUUUGUAGUGUCACCUUGUUACAUUAUUGGUAAUAGAGACGUCUUGGGAGCAGGGACGUCUUAAACUAGGAUGGGGCCCUUGGGCACACAAGAAUUUGAGGCCCUUUUGGAAAGUAAAAAAAGCGAAUUAUAAUAAC